AUGAAUUCAAGCACCACACCCCACGAGUCGACAGGCUUCAAGCGGAAACGAACGGCUCACGCAUGUGAGGGAUGCCGCCAGCGUAAAUCACGCUGCAAUGGGGCACGACCCGUAUGCGACGAAUGCAGAGAAAUGGGCUUUCCGUGUCUCUAUCGCCAACCCAGCAAGCUGUCAUCGUCCAAGUUGACCUCGAUAUCAGAACGCGCGGUAUUAUACAAUCAGACCUCUUUGGAGGAACGCCUUGAUAGGAUGGAACAGCUAUUGCAGACGGUCGUAGCCAACAGCGAGCGGGACAGAAUCACAUUCGCAAGCCGAGCUCCGCCCAACUUCUUGUUUGCAAGCUCGACCUUCGGCUUUUCUGACCCUGUUGAUGGAAUGGGAUGUAUGACGUUUUCUGGCGAAGAUGAUGCAGGGUAUUUUGGCCAUAUAAUCAAUGCUAUCAAAGAUUUUGGACAAUUUCAGGUCCCGGAAUCUACCUCCGAGGAUGUGACGGUGAUCUCCCGAGCUCACUCUCCACCAUCAAGCUCGGAAUCUGUCGCUUUUUCAAUUUGUCCCUCCUACGCAUCCACCGACCCAUUCGCACUGCCACCGACGGAGGAUGUUUUCCAUCUCUUGGACAUAUACUUCUCAAAUACUGGAGACAUGUUCCCGUAUUUAGACAAGACAACUGUGCUGAGUUACAUUAUCAAGGUUGAACAAGGCCAAUCGGACAGACUUCAGCCCGCAGAGGUCUGUCUAAUCAACAUCUGUCUGGCGUUUGCGAGUGUCCAUGGAAGACCCGAGACUGACGGAGACGGCCACAUGGAAAACGCCAAUAUUUAUUUUCAAAGAGCCCGACUAAUGCUCCCAGAAAUAAUGUCUAAGAAUGCCAGUCUCGAGUCUAUCCAGGCCUUGCUUCUUGUAUUACAAUACUCUCAAGGCACACAACGCUCAUCCGAGACAUGGAGGCUUAUGAGCUCAAUCGUCGAAGGUGCUUUCCAAAUUGGCCUAUACCGCUCGAUGACUACGGAAAGUAUGAGCCCAAUCAAGAUGGAAAUUCGGAAGAGGACAUGGUGGAUGUGCUUCGUGAUGGACAACAUGACAUUCGGCCGGCCACCACUUAUUGCAAAUAGCUACAUGCGGACCUUACUGCCUCUCAAUCUGUCGCUCAACUUAGACGAGACGGAACAGAUAUCACCAGAAACGGAACAAGAACCAGCGGCCUCGGCAGGUUCCAGUCUUUUUCUGCACACCUCGUAA